GAAUCCUCAACUUCUGUGCCAAUAACUACCUGGGGCUCUCCAGCCAUCCCGAGGUGAUCCAUGCUGCAGUGGAAGCCCUGGAGAAGUUUGGCGCUGGGCUCAGCUCUGUCCGCUUCAUCUGUGGUACUCAGAGCAUACACAAGGACCUGGAGGAGAAGAUUGCACGUUUUCACCAGCGGGAAGAUGCCAUUCUCUAUGCCAGCUGCUUUGAUGCCAAUGCUGGUAUCUUUGAGGCCCUGCUGACCCCAGAGGAUGCAGUACUCUCGGAUGAGCUGAACCAUGCCUCCAUCAUUGAUGGGAUCCGCCUGUGCAAGGCUAACAAGUACCGCUACAAGCACAUGGACAUGCAGGACCUGGAGGCCAAACUGCAGGAUGCGCAGGUAUGGAGGCUGCGGCUGGUGGCCACUGAUGGUGCCUUCUCCAUGGAUGGUGACAUCGCACCCCUGAGGGAGAUCUGCCAGCUGGCCCAGAAGUAUGAUGCCCUGGUAUUCAUUGACGAAUGCCAUGCAACAGGCUUCCUGGGACCAAAUGGCCGGGGUACCGAUGAGCUCCUGGGAGUGAUGGACAAAGUCACCAUCAUCAAUUCCACCCUAGGAAAAGCUCUUGGAGGAGCUGCAGGUGGGUACACAACUGGCCCCAAACCCCUCAUUGAUUUGCUCCGACAACGUUCCCGCCCGUACCUCUUCUCCAACAGCCUGCCGCCCGCUGUGGUGGGCUGUGCAUCCAAGGCACUGGACCUGCUCAUGGAGAGCAAUGCCAUUGCACAGUCCAUGGCUGCCAAGACCCAACGGUUCAGAAGUAAGAUGACGGCCGCCGGCUUCACCAUCUCAGGGAAAGACCACCCCAUCUGUCCUGUCAUGCUUGGGGAUGCUCGGCUGGCUGCAGUGAUGGCUGAAGACAUGCUGAACAGAGGCAUUUAUGUCAUUGGCUUCAGCUACCCUGUGGUCCCUAAGGGAAAGGCCCGCAUCCGGGUCCAGAUCUCGGCUGUGCACAGCGACGAGGACAUUGACCACUGUGUGGAAGUCUUCACCGAGGUGGGACGGAAACAUGGAGCAAUACCUUGAGAGGCCAGCAAACACCUCCUGUGACACUGUCCUUGCCCAUGACCAAGUGCCUAUGCCAGGAGAAAAGGCUUGAGGAGCACGCUGUGAAAAGCAGGACCAAUCUUCAAGGCAUCACAACCUGUGGGAAGCUAUGGCUGUUGCAGCGUGCUGACAGCGGCACUGGUAGCCAGCUCUUGCAUUAUUAAAGGUGUCCUGCAGUGCA